AUGGAAGCAACAGACGCAGCUACGCAUUCGCGAAACCGAAUUCACUUUGAGCCCAGCACGAGAAUCGUCGUGGGCGCUGUAAUUGGGAGCAUCGUCGGGGUCAUAUUCCUAUUGGCCCUCUUCCUGCUGUGGAGACACUAUUGGCGAGCGCGAAAUGCAGAGAGGACGGAAGAGGUCGUCGUGGAAGAAGGAAAGCAGCCUCCCCACGGCAUCGAGUCAGAGUUCCUCGAUUCGAUGUCAGACCCAGAUCCCUUUGCAGCGGGAGAAGUCAGAACCAUUGUGUCGAGCGCACACAACACAUCUCCUACUCUGACGCCGUCCUCCUCUCCGCAAAAGAGUGAAUUCGAACGCGACUCAAAAUUCGGAAAUGACGACCACGUUACCCACUUUCACGACGUAUCAAUGACCGAAAUGCGCCAGAGCCGCGCAUCUGGAGACCUCACUGGAAUACCUGAACUAUCAAGAACAUUCGUCGCUCAUGUCCGAGCAACUGCGCGCAGUCCACCUCCAGCAGUUUAA